AUGGUGAAGCUGACCAUAAUUGGGAGGGUGAGUGAUGGGUUGCCUCUUGCGCAAGGCCCAAGGUACGUUAACGAAGAAGAGAAUGACAGCUUCUCAACGUACAAGCAACAAGGAGAGUUCAUUCUCGAGGAAAUCUCAAGAGCUGCCCUCCCCCUUUCCAAUACCAACAUUCGCAUUGAUCACCAUUGCUUCUACUAUAUAGUGGGGCAUGGAGUUUGUUUCAUGACCCUUUGCGAUUCAUCGUAUCCGCGGAAACUGGUACACUGCUAUCUGCAGGAGUUGGCUAAAGAAUUUGAGAAGUUUGAUACCAGCCUUGUAGAAAGAAUAACAAAACCAUACAGCUUCAUUAGAUUUGGUACUAUUAUUGGAAAUAUUAGAAGGCAGUACGUGGAUACUAGGACGCAGACAAAUUUGUCAAAGCUGAAUGCUAAAUCUCUGCAAAAUGUGGAUUUCGUGACAGAGGACUUCUCGCAGAUAGUGAAAAGAAGGAAAAGAUCCUACCUGCUAGAAAGAGCAACGGAAUCAUCGGAACAGGUUUCACAAAUCUGGGGUUCUAAAAAACUUGAGGUCAUUGCACUGAAAUGGACGCCAAUUACGAUUCUCUCUUUUGUUGGUGCAAUUCUUUUAUGGACCAGCCUAAUUGCCAGAGACGACCAGGGAGUGUAUGGAUACUAGGAGUGCUAACAUGAGGCAAGUAUAAAGCUUUGGGGGAUUGCAGUUGAAGACAAUAUCAUGAUUUGUGUAACUUGUACCCCGUGAUGGCUCCUCAUACUGCCAUGUUUGUGUAUAGAAGCGUAUUCUUUUCUCUUACUUACCCAACGAACACUGAUGGAAGUAUUAACAAAUGCAUAAAGCAGUAUGUCUUGAGUGAGCAUUGCCCCUUAAGACAUUUACCCUGAAGUCCUCUCAUAUUAACUUUGUUGUA